AUGUCUACUAGUGUCGCUGGGAUUCAUCCUGUUCAAAAUUUUACCAUCGCUCGGUCAUUCAAUAUUCACGAGACCAUCGGGUACAGGGCCAUUGUGAAACCUCUGGACAUCCAGACGUCCAGCACCAACGGCAUCGUGGUACGGGCAGCGUUCAUCUGGCUCAUCUCCCUGAUCCUGGCCAUCCCCGAGGCCGUCUACUCCGACCUGCACACCUUCAGCAUCCCCUCCACCAAUGAGAGCUUCGUCACCUGCGCCCCUUAUCCGCACGCGGGAAAGCUGCACCCUCAGAUCCACUCCAUGGCCUCCUUCCUCAUUUUUUACGUGAUCCCCCUGCUGGUCAUUUCCAUGUACUACACCUUCAUCGCUCGCAGCCUCAUGAGGAGUGCCUCCAACCUCCCCGUGGAGGGCAACGUGCACGCACGACGACAGGCAAGUGCUCAAACUCCUGAAACUGAUUCUGAAACUGUAAAAAACACAGUUGAGUCACGAAAACGCUUGGCCAAGACGGUUCUGGUGUUUGUUGGCCUUUUUGCGGUAUGCUGGCUUCCAAGUCACAUCAUCUACUUGUACCGCUCCUACCAUUACUCCCAGGUGGACACCUCGCUGGCUCACUUCAUAUGCAGCGUGGUGGCUCGUAUCCUGGCCUUCACCAACUCCUGCAUCAACCCCUUUGCCCUGUACCUGUUGAGCAGCACCUUCAAGAAGCAGUUCAACCAGCAGCUGUGCUGCUGCUGCCGCCUGAUCCUGGCGCGCUCGCCGCAGAGCCCGGCGCACUACAACACGCGCGUGACCUCCAUCCACAGCACGCACCACUCCGUGGCCAGCCUGACCGUGACGAACGGCCGGCAGCUCUACCAGGAGGACGUGGUGUGAGCGUGCCUGUCGGAGAUAUCGCGUACAGCUUGUGUGUAGUCCUUUUUUAUUGUGUUUGCAAGUUUCCAUGUCGUGAUGAAGUCACACAGAGUAUCGAUAAUUCUGAAAAAUAAUACACGGCCAUUGUUGUGUGAUGCUCUUUGAGUUUAAAUGAGUCUAAUUUUGAAGUGGUGGUGAGAAAAAGACCUCAUAAAGAGAACAAAUAAUGAACUUGUUGUCAGCUGGGCUAUUUUCAAGUGUAAAAAAACCACCCUGCGGGCUGCUUUUCUGCUUCUUGAUGUUUUUGCUAGGCAUUUAAUGAUAGUUCGACCGACUUUAGAAAAAGAAUUACCUCCAUGGAUAAGUCGCAACUCAUCCAUGUAGGUAACAUCAAUGUGAGCUACAUCAUGCAUAAAAUGACCAACGGUUCGAGCAACCUAAAUGGCAAAUGACAGUGCUGGUGGGUGUCAUCGGAGUGGCCGUGCUCUAAA